CCAAACUUUUCCCCCUCCUCGUGCACAACACGGUUGUAUUCUGUGUUUGUUUGAGUGUUUUAAAACUCAUUCAAGUUAGUUUUCAUUUUCAGUCUACUUCAUAGUGAUCCUGAUGAGCUUUUCGGAUGAUUCUACGCUUCACAGGACCCGUCUGCAUAUAGGUUUCUCCUUACUCUUUCAGCAGAUUCAAAAACUGCUUUUGUUUGCCAUUCAGAACUUUUCUCCUCUGAAGUGACUCCUCUAGGUUAUGUCUCAUUUGUUUCCUCCUGAUAUAAAUUUUUAAGAUUCAGAAUGCUCCUGUUUGUCUUAAGAAUUAUUCAGUUUCGUAAAGAAUGUCUUACAUGACAUCCCUUAGUGAUGAUCAAGCUCCCGACCAUUAUGGAGGUGGCACAGCCGGAGGGAUCGUCACCCCUGAUAUGCAUGUAUUGAAUCAGCCUGAUACAUUCGGAAUGCAGAACCCUAUUGAUAUGAAUGCUCCUCAGCCUCUCAGGAAUGAUAAUGAUAUUUCUAGUUCAGAUCCAUUAAUUCUGAAUCAGGAGACUCAUUUCCUUCCUGACUAUGGAACUGAUUUCGACUCUCUACCUGUCUAUCAUGAUGAUCUUCUACCACCUGGUGUUGGAGAUCUUCCAGCCGAAUACCCAAAUGCACCGAUUAGUGAGAACAAUGGGUUUUACUGCAAUGUAAACCAUCCUAUCAAAGCUGAGAAUAAAUUAGACGACGACAUCAAUGCUUUCUUGAAUAAAACUUCCGAAAAACAUGAAAACAAGCUAAAGCGAGACAUAGACAACUUUGUGAAGAUGAAUUCAAAGGCUGCAGACCGACGCAUGAGUGAAGAUAUCAAAGCAUUUCUGAGAAGAUGUAGAAGUCCUUCGCCCAUUGAAAGUGCGAAAAGUUUGUUUCCGAAAAAUAAAAGUUACUCAAAACCAAACCGGAGUUCAAGUCGAGCACCCUCGAAAGCCCGAGCUUCAUCGCCAUUUGACAGUAAACCAGCAGCUCGCCAAUCUCGAUCAAUGGUCAGUAGAACUCGGUCUGUAGUUAGUCGUCGGCCCUCUACAGAGUCAAGGUUCGAAAAGAAAGGCCCUCGUGCGGUAAGGUCUAAAAGUCCACCUGAUAAGAAACCGCCUGCAUUGUUGUCAAGAUCUAAAAGUCCAGAAGAUAAGAAGCCUUUGCCUUUGGCAUAUCUUACUCCUGAAGAAAGGAAGCAGCUUCGUGGUUAUUCUAGCAGUCCAGAGGGAAGAAAACCGUCACCCACUGAUUACUCAAAGGUUGGAUCAAAGAGCCCUUGUGAUAGAAGAAGAUCAUCAUUCUCUCCAUCGAAAAGUCCAGUUGAUACUACCACAAAACACAGAGAACCCUUCAAUCCCAAUAUACCCAGACAAGAUAGACUGAAACCGAAGAUUUUGCUGAGAGACCGUGAAGCAGCAGAAAAGCGCAAAGACUAUGAAAAGAAACUAGAGACCCUGGCAAAGUUGAAACCUGAAGAAAUCAUUGAAUUAGAAAAGAAAAUAUGGACCAAAUCAGAACUCUUACCUCUUUACUAUUCGCGACAAAAAUCGAACAAAGCUGUCUGUGAAGCCACCCCAAAGCUUCUUGCCUUAUGUGAUAAAUUUGAAGAAAAACUGAUCAAAGCGCCGGAAAAAAUAAGAGCAUCGAAACCUCCGUACACCCCACCUUAUGCUAGAAAAAAGUUGAGGAGACCCUGUUGUCAUCAUGGUAAACACAACCCUAGUAGUUCGAGUGAUACGAGUGAUGAGGAUGAAGAAGAAGAGGAGACAGCAGAGAAUAUCAUGAAGAAGAAGCAUGAGCACCCUCAAAGUCUCCACAAAGAACUCUGGUUUAACGAUCCUGGCCAGAUGAACGACGGAGUUCUGUGUCGUUGCAGUGCCAAAGCUGCAAGAUCUGGAAUUAGGCACGGAAUUUAUCAAGGUGAAACAAACAUCCCACCUUGCGACCCCAACACAAAUAAUUUGGAUCGACUGUACCAUUAUAGAAUCACACUCUCACCUCCAACAAAUUUCUUGACCAAAAUGCCUACUGUCAUUGAACAUGAUGACCAUGAAUACAUAUUUGAAGGGUUUUCUAUGUUCACGCAUGAGCCUUUGGGAGAACUACCAACAUGCAAAGUUAUACGCUUUAAUAUUAACUAUGCCAUACUUUAUAUUGAGGAAGAUAAGCCUGAAAAUUUCACCAUUAGGGAAUUAGACCUAUUUCAAAAGUACAUUUUUUAUGAAUUGUUGGAGCUUGUGGACUUUUCUUUGAAACCCUCCUAUGCCAAGGGCGAGACAUGUCCUUUGUUUCAUUUCAUGCCCAGAUUUGUUCGUGAGCUUCCUGAAAAUGGUAAAGAGAUUUUAGGAAUGGGCAAUGUCAUCAAUUAUCUUUUGAAAAGUUACCAGUUAAUAGUGCCUGAUGAGGAGGUAAGAAGGCUGAAUAAUCUGUCCACCAUUGAUUGGCAGGAUGAAAUAUUGCGCUACAAAGGCAUGAUCAUCACAUACCCUGGUGCGAAACCAUCAUCUAUUCGUGUUGACCAGCUCAACAGAGAUGACCAGGAGGAUAUCCAUCCUGAGGUCGUCCAUUUUGGGAUUCGGCCACCACAACUUAGCUACGCUGGAAAUCCAGAGUAUCAGAAAGCAUGGAGAGCUUACGUUAAGUUCAGGCAUUUGAUUGCAAACAUGCCAAAACCAUCGUAUGAGGACAAGAGGAAGUUAGAAAAAAAGGAGCAAAAGCUCUUGGAAAUGCGAACGCAAAGUAAAAUGAAGCGGGGAGUAACGAUUACUGUCAGCAGUCAGAAUUUUUACGCUACGGGUAUAAUGUGUGAUGUUGUCCAGCAUGCCAUGCUGCUGCCAGUUCUAGUGUGUCACCUUCGUUUUCACCGUUCAUUACAAAUUUUGGAAGACAACAUUAACUAUAAAUUCAAGAAUCGUUAUCUCUUGCAACUUGCCAUGACUCACCCUUCCUUUAGAGAAAACUUUGGCACCAACCCAGAUCAUGCUAGAAAUUCACUGACAAACUGUGGUAUUCGACAGCCAGAAUAUGGAGAUCGGCGGAUACAUUAUAUGAAUACUAGGAAAAGAGGUAUCAACACUUUGAUCAAUAUUAUGUCACGGUUCGGGAAGAAAAAUGAAACCGAAUCAAACAUUUCACACAAUGAAAGGCUGGAGUUUCUUGGUGACGCAGUGGUUGAAUUUAUUACCAGCAUUCAUCUGUAUCACAUGUUUCCGGAUCUUGAAGAGGGUGGCUUAGCAACGUACAGAGCGGCUCUAGUUCAGAAUCAGCAUCUUGCUGUUCUGGCCAAGGUGUUAAACUUACAAGACUUCAUGUUGUAUGCUCAUGGCUCGGAUCUUUGUCAUGAAUUGGAGCUUCGUCAUGCUAUGGCAAAUUGUUUUGAAGCUCUGAUGGGGGCGUUGUUCUUGGAUGGUGGAAUUGAAAUUCCUGACAAAGUAUUCGGUCAUACUUUUUUCAAAUCUGAUCCUCAACUAUUGGAUGUGUGGGUCAAUUAUCCGAAACAUCCUCUCCAAGAACAAGAACCAGACACUGAUAGACAUUGGAUCGCUUCUUUUCCAUUGCUCCAGAAACUGGUGCAGUUCGAAGAGUCCAUUGGUGUAGAGUUCACACAUAUCCGUUUACUGGCUAGAGCUUUCACCGAUCGAAGCGUUGGUUACACCAACUUAACUCUAGGAUCCAAUCAGAGGAUGGAAUUUUUGGGUGAUACCGUUUUGCAGCUUAUUGCCUCAGACUACCUGUACAGAUACUUCCCAGAGCAUCAUGAAGGUCAUCUUUCUUUGCUGCGGAGCUCUCUAGUCAAUAAUCGCACCCAGUCAGUGGUCUGUGAUGACUUGAACAUUCCUGCCUAUGCACUCUAUUCAAAUCCAAAAGCUGAAUUGAAAACCAAGGACAGAGCCGAUCUUUUAGAAUCAUUCUUAGGAGCUUUGUAUAUUGAUAAGGGAAUAGCUUACUGCAGGGUCUUCUGCGAUGUCUGCUUCUUCCCUCGUCUGCAGGACUUUAUCAUGCAUCAAGACUGGAAUGAUCCCAAAUCAAAGUUGCAACAAUGCUGUCUAACAUUGCGCACUCUUGAUGGUGGUGAACCGGACAUACCAAUCUACAAGGUGAUUGAGUGCAAGGGUCCCACAAACUCGCGAAUCUACACUGUCGCAGUCUAUUUUCGAAGGCAAAGAUUGGCAGAGGCGUCUGGUCAUAGUAUUCAACAAGCGGAGAUGAAUGCUGCUAACAGUGCCUUGGAACUUUCUAAAGGUCUAUUCCCGCAGUUGGACCAUCAAAAGCGCGUUAUAGCUAAAAGUAUGAUCUACAAUGGGCGAGCGCCGAAUCAGAAGUUCAACCAGCAGCAGAGUACAAGGUUCGGACAACGAGCUGGCAUACGAGGAAGACUCAGCAACAGAGGCAGGGGCGGUUUUGCGAACAAUCAACCACGAAUAAAACGAGUCAACAAACAGCUUGGCGCAAAAGCUGCGCUUGAAAAUAAAGACCCAGCAGGACGUGGAGCCAUGCGAGGUGGGAAGACCUUUGUUGGAAGAUCUGAUGCAAGAGGAAGAAGACCACUCAGGAGACUCCAAGACAGGGAUGAUUCUCGCCAAUCCACCGUGAAAGAAGAGGAGGAUGAGUUUGAUUCUACGAUAAAAUCUCAUAUUAUGAAGGAAAAAUUGAACAGGCAGAUCUUAAAAGAAUGGGAAGAAGAAUUGGCAGCAGAGACUGAGAAGAAGGACAAAGAAAAGAAAGAGAAGGAAAAACAGAUUCUUCUAAAGAGGAGACAGAUUGCAAAAGAGUGGGAAGAAGAGUUAGCUGAAACAGAACGAAAAGAAAAAAUUCGCAAAAAAAUAUCGAAAAUUAAGAAUCUCGGCUCCAAAGCUGUGCAGAAGGAAGCCACAAAAGCUGAAAGACUGAAAAAGAAAGAAGAAAUCCUGAAACUGAAGAAAAAAUUGAAGCUUCGAUUAAAAGAGAAAAAGCGCUUAAAAGCAAAACAGAAGGCACAGCAAAAGUUAAGGAAGAUUCUGUUGUCUGCUGAGAAGCUGAAAAGAAGACUUCAAAUGAGAGAAAAAAUCAUGGAGUGGCAAGCUUACGAAAGCGAAGUGAAGCGGAAGCUUGCAGAGGAAAAUGAAAAAAAACAGAGAGGAAAGGCGGAAGUUGAACGAAUGCGAAUGCUUCUCAAAGGAUGUGCGCCCUCAUCUGCGCCUGAUCAACUUAAAACUGAGGAGGGAGAAGCCACUGAGAAAUUUACAGAAAGAAAAAGUACUGACAGUUCUUUAAAAGCUGAGCCUAUAACAAAAGAAGCCUUGUUAGAGGCAAAGUUAGAAGUAAAAUCUGAAGUGAAACUUGAAAAUCCUAACUUACCCCGUAUGCAGAGUAAAUCAAAUCGAUUAGAAUCUAGAAUCCUCGAAGAAUCCAAAAAAUCAAGGAGUUCAGGGCCCAUGGAGACUAAUAAGAAAUCAGAGGUUUCCAAUAGAGACCAAUUUCGGGUAAAGCCUGAGAGGUCCUCAGAACCAGAUCGUAAAGAAAACAAAGAGGAUGACUUCUUAAAAUCUGUUUUGCCCACCAUUGAAGAAAUUUCAAAUCUAAAGAAGAUGUUAGAAGAGUUCGAUACAGAUAAAAUGACGAAAAAAGAUAUCGAAAAACUUAAAAAGAAACUGAAAAAACAAAAAUUAGGCAGAGAUGUUGAAAAAGCAGAAAACGAUAAAAAGUCUGUCCCUUCAAAAUCACGGAGGCGUAGAACUGUUUCGUCAGAAGGAUCCUCCAUAGAGCGAUCACCAUCUCCUCGCCAUAGGAGGUUAGAGGCAGAAAUAGAGUCGUCUAAAAAACGCAGGUCAAAAAAGAGGGAAAAGUCUGUAUCCAAGAAGCAGGAAAAAUCUGUCUCUAAGAAGCGGGAAAAAUCUGUAUCCAAGGUGCGAGAAAAAUCUAUAUCCAAGGUGCGAGAAAAAUCUGUAUCCAAGAUUCGAGAGAAACCUAGGAGAUCAGUCUCACCUCUGCGCAAAAUGAAACUUAGGUCACCAUCUCCAGUCAGACGAAAACGCAAAUCAAGUCACUCUGAGAAGUCUAGUUCCAGUAAAUCUAAGUCUAAAAUUCAUGAUGAUGUGGGAAUACGACAUCGUAAAAUGCGUAGCAGAUCUCGGUCGCGGGAGAAAGGUCGGAAAAGUGUGUCACUUUCCCCUGUACGAUCUCAGAAGCGCGUUCGCAGAAGUAGAUCCUUAUCUCUGUCCCUCUCCCCUCCAGGCAAACGAUAUCGAACAAAAUCGAGGUCAAGAUCUCCUAAGUUUUUCAGUCAUCAUAGAUCAAGAUCGAGAUCUCGCUCCCCAGGUGACAAGUAUAGGAAAUCCAAGAGUUCUCGGUCAGACAGAGAUGAGUAUCUGAAGCAGAUGCUGAACAUGAGUCAAAGUAGUACAGUUUGUCCAGGUUGUAUUGCAGGUACCUGCGCAAUGAGCUCUAGUCAUUUAGUACCUGGUCCAGUGGCACCACCCAUGCAUCCCCCUCCUAUGGCAUAUGGCCCGCCUGGACCACCAAUGAUCUGCCCAGGACCACCGCGCCCCGGACCACCAUGUCAUGGACCGCACCCUGGACCACCACGCCCCGGACCACCAAUGUAUGGCCGUUUCCCUCCCCCUGGUCCCAUGCGAGGUCCUCCCUUAAUUAGAGGGCCACACCCCAGAUUUCCUCCCCGAGGUCCAUUGCCGCCUGGAGUUGCUCCCUUCCAAAGACCUCCAAGAGGUCCACCACGACCUGGAUUUAGACCUGGAUUCCGACCCAGAGGCCCCCCUCCUCCUGGAGCAUAUUACCCUCCUCCAGCCCCAGGUCAGUUUCCAGCCCAACCAGAUCCAAAUUACUCCGGUCCUCCGAACUAUUGGGCUUAAGCUCAUCAGGUCACUAAACAUUCCUUGUCAUGUUGCAAAUGUUAUCACCAAUUCCAAAGGUGAUGAUGUGUUAUCACUCUUCUCAAGUGUGACUACUGUUUAAAGUGUGUGCACCUGACAGUAAAUGUAAAUACACCCCCUGAGGUCACUCCAACCGAAGUUAGAUUUUGCAGUUUACAAUCCAUUUGAGUGAAAAUAAAGUCCUUAGGUUUUUUCAUCAAAUUCAUCUUCCUUGUGAUCAAGAGAUUUUAAAAAAUGAAGGGCCUUAUUUUUCCUUGGGUUAUCUCAACCCUCACUCACUGUCAAAAUAGGUGUUUUGUUGUUUCUCAUCUCAGGAAGAACAUACUGUCGAGAUCCCACUAGAAAGAGGCUAUCACGGAGGUAUAUUGUCACUUCAAUGCAAAAUUAUGUCCAGCAAGUACCAGACACUGUUGAAUCACAAAGAUUCUAAUAAUAUUUUGUUUGACAUCUUAUCGUCAGUUGUACCAGCUGGUCGUCUUUACUCAGAAAAAAUGGGAAGCUGUAGUCUUCAAUAUGAUAAUUGGCGGCUGAGGAGUAGAGUUUUUGGCAUGCGGUAUUGUUGAUGGGUUGAAACUCAGACAAUUUGGCACAUUCAAAGAAGCCGGGCUCGCUAAAGCCGAUCAAACCUUAGACAAUAGAUCCAACCGCUCAUCUGACUUCACCCCUUAGUGGUCACUUUUUGUGUUGUGUACUGUAAUAAAAAACUACCAGAAAGGUCCCUCUCCCUCUCCCCCCUUAUUCCUUGGCCUUCUGGUGAAAAUUGAGCGAGAUAAUUAAUAAUGUAAGUAAUAUCCCUGCAUUAUGCUUUAAGCAUUCUCACCUCUUACUUUCCGUGUAUUCUACGCAAAUAUGUACCUUUCAUGACUGAUAAUACCUACUUAGGUACCUAUAAAAAGUAAUUUCUGUUUUCUUAUUACUGCAAAAAAGUCUGUGAAGCUCUUAGUUUUAAAUGUCUUUUAUUUUUCAAAUGUUUUUGUCAGUUGAUUUUAAAGUCAUCAUUUCCUUUUACCUCUCUUUGAUUUUUUCAUGAAUUCCUAAUAUGAAGUAGGGGGAAAAAUAUGUUUUCCUCAGUUUUUCAGGCUUCUCGAGCUAAAUUAUGAGUAUUUAUUUCAGAGAACAGAUUGCUGAAUCUCGAAACAGUAAAGAUUUCAAAACAUUCUCUUCUUCAUAUUUUUUUUUUUGCAAGUUUCGUUUGUCUGGAAAAAAGUUGAUGUACAUUUUUUUUUUAAAAUCAAGAGCUACGUUAUCAUCCUGUUAGUGAAAGAUGAAAAAACUUCACCCCUGAAAAGGUCACUUUAGUUAAAAAUUGUGAAGGUAAUAAGUUGGUUGCUAACCGAUUAAACUUUUCUUUCACUGAAGGUUUUUUGUGUAAGAUUUGAAGAGCCGGUGAAUUCCGGUUUUUAGUUCCUAUUUUAUAUCAUUAAGAUCAAAAUUCGAGUGUCCAGCGUUUAUGUUCCUUGCCAACUUGUUACAAAAUUGACAUCUAUCUUUAAAGUUUUUCCCAUUAUUCCGCAGGGAAGUCAUUUUUAAUGCUGCUCAUCCAAUGUUACGAAAGAAAGCAAUUUCUCCUAGAAAUGAGUGCGGGUCAUUUGUUGACAACUUAAUGGACCACUCCUUCCCCAUAAUUGCAUUGUUUGUAACCAGCUCCAUCCUCGUGAGGUACACCUAGACAAUUUUUUUUAUAUCCAUGUCAAAACAUGUUAGAGAUGACCAGAUAUUGGUACUCACAUUUGCUGUAUGAAAGGCUCAAAUUGUUUGUCAAUGAAUGUUUGAUGUGAGCACAUUCAUAAUUGCACGUUAAUACUGAGUAUUACCUACUUUUUUCUGCUGAAUUGAUCCGUGAAAAAAAUGUUGUAGAUACCUAAAAUUUGUUACGAAGAUUCUUUUCCAUUUGAAAAUAAAAAGUUUGUAAAUAUUCCCAGCUGAA